ACGUACAGUUUGGAACUUUGCCCUCUCCCUCCACAACAAUGUCCAACUUCAUAUCUAAAUUUUUCCUCAAGGUCUCAAGGCACAGCAGUGGAGCCAUAACACAUACAGAGACUGUUUCACAGAGAGGAGACAGAGAAGAAAGAGGAAAACAUUAAUAUGCAAGGGUAUUUCUUCUUGUCUACUUGGUCAGAGAAAUCCUCUCUUUUGUGGAUUUUAAAAUAAAACUUUACCUUUAUCUGUUGGCUGCAACAAAAUGCAGUCACAACUUUGUUUGGUACCACUUGGAUCUAAUGGAAAACUCUAACUGCAAACCACCACUGCAAACAAGGAGGAUUUAUUCGGAGGGAUGGGCCAUCUUAUGAUUGAACAAACUUUUUUUUUUUUUAAUUUAGGUGCAAGAUUUUCAUUACAACCCUGACCAUAGAUAGACUUGGAGUUGGAUCUAUUUCCUCUGAACUGGAAACUGAUAAAAGACGUCAGCAGAGAAGACAGAACAUUACGCCUCUGAAAACCUUCACUAAACUUGCAUGGUUCAUCUCAGGGCUUCAGUACGUUGUGGGCUUUUUUUUAAAGCAACAAACAGAAUAGACAAACAUUUGGAGUUUGAAAUCUUUUCAACAUAAUUAAACAUAUACUCUGAUACAGUUGGAACACACAAGUUUUUUUGUUUAUGUUAUAGCUAGUUUUAGCCAUGGCAGAGAGGAGACGAAUGGGCUACAGCGUGCACAGGGAGAUUCUGGAUGAAGGAGCAGUGGAUGAGCUGGCAGACAAGUCUGACUCGAAAACAUCUCUGUCUGAGAGGGUCAAAAAGUCAAUAAGGUGUUCUGGUCCCAGGUUGAAGAGCUGCCUGCUGGGUAGUGUUCCUGUUGUAUCAUGGCUGCCUCAAUACUCCAUCAGAGAAAACGCCCUGGGUGACCUGAUCUCUGGAAUCAGUGUGGGGAUCAUGCAUUUGCCGCAGGGUAUGGCCUAUGCCUUGCUAGCAGCUGUUCCCCCAGUCUUUGGCCUUUACUCCUCCUUCUACCCAGUCCUCAUCUACUUCAUCUUCGGCACGUCCAAGCACAUCUCAGUUGGAACAUAUGCUGUGAUGAGUGUGAUGAUAGGAGGGGUGACAGAGCGAAUAGCCCCAGACUCGAACUUUAUGAUAUGGAACAAUGUGACCAACUCCAGUAUAGUUGAUACCAUCUCCAGGGAUGCAGAGAGGGUCAGAGUGGCUGCAGCUGUCACCUUCAUGUCUGGAUUAUUUCAGAUUCUGCUCGGACUAGUCCAGUUUGGUUUUGUUGUGACCUACCUGUCUGAGCCGCUGGUCCGAGGUUACACCACAGGAGCUGCAAUCCACGUCAUUGUGUCCCAGCUCAAAUACACCUUUGGCAUCAGCCCUGUGAGACACAGUGGACCAUUCUCAUUGAUAUAUACUGUGUUGGAGGUGUGUUAUCUCAUUCCACAGACAAACAUUGGUACUCUUGUGGUCAGUAUCGUCACUAUAAUCGGUCUCAUCCUUGCAAAGGAGCUCAAUACAUACUUGAGUAAAAAAAUACCUGUUCCUCUACCUGUGGAGCUGAUUGGUAUUAUUAUUGCUACAGUAGUCUCCUGGCAAGUUAACUUGGAGGAGAAAUAUGGAGUGGAUGUGGUGGGAGAGAUUCCCUCAGGUCUCCAGCUGCCUGUUCUCCCAGCUGCUUCACUCUUUGGUCAGGUGAUCGGGGAUGCCUUCGCUCUGUCUGUGGUUGGCUAUGGCAUCGCCAUCUCACUGGGACGAAUCUUUGCCCUGAAAUAUGGAUACAAUGUGGACAGCAACCAGGAACUAAUCGGCCUGGGUCUGAGUAACUCCGUCGGAGGAAUUUUCCAGUGUUUUGCCAUCAGCUGCUCCAUGUCUCGCACCAUGGUUCAGGAGAGCACAGGCGGGAAGACUCAGGUUGCUGGGGCUCUAUCAGCAAUAGUUAUCCUUUUCAUCACACUCUGGAUUGGAGCUCUCUUUGAAGAUUUGCCGAAGGCAGUGCUGGCUGCCAUCAUCUUUGUCAACCUCCAUGGCAUGAUGAAGCAGUUCAUGGACAUCCAUGCACUGUGGAGGAGCAACAAAGUAGACAUGAUGAUCUGGGUGGUCACUUUCAUCCUCACCGUGCUGUUCAACCCUGACCUGGGACUGGCUGCUGCCAUCGGUUUCUCCAUGCUCACCAUCAUCUUCAGGACACAGCUACCUAAAUACUCACUAUUAGGGCAGGUCCCAGGCACUGACAUUUACAGGCCACUGGAGGACUACAAUCAGGUCAGGCAGGUGCCAGGGAUUUUGAUCUUCCGCUCUUCUGCCACCCUCUACUUUGCCAAUGCUGAGAUGUACCAAAAUGCCCUUGGAGAAAAGUCUGGCAUUGACAUUAUUAAGAUCCUGUCAGCAAAGAAGAAAUUAGAGGCCAAAAGGAAGAGGCAUGAGAAGGAAUAUGCAAAGAAAGCUGCCAAGAAGAAUGCAGUGGACAUGGAGGGGAAGCCAGAGAGGGAGAACCAGAAGGAUGUUGCCAUCAUUGAGAUGGAUGCUGAGCCCGAUCCCUCACUCCCCAGAGCCAUGGUCCUCGACCUCAGCCCUGUCAACUUCCUGGAUACUGUGGGAAUCAAGACACUAUGCAGCAUCCGGAGAGACUAUGGGGAUAUUGGUAUUGAGGUGGUUCUCGCUGGCUGCCAAACCUGUGUGGUGGACAACCUGCAGACUGGAGGUUUCUUUAAUGAAAAAGUGACAAAGUCCUGUCUCUUCUCCACCAUCCAUGACGCUGUUUUGCACUGUCAGUCUUCCAGAACACAGAGCCAAGACAAGGGGAUCACAGCGACACAUUUGUGAGUCCUGAGAGGAACGAUGGAGGAUAUUAUGAGAAAAUGCCAGACACUUGUGUGUAUGAGGAUUUUAUCCAGUGAGCUUCAAAUAGCUCCCGUCUGUCACAAACACAGACACACAAACCUGCAGACACACACACACACACACACACAUUGUAACAAACACAAUACAUGAAGACAAAAACAACAGAAUGCAAAUAAAUGACAACAGACUACACAUAUGGAGUCUCACAGUAAUAUGCCAUAGUGGAGGAGUAUACGUGUCAAAGCAAUAGCUCAUGCAAAAACCACAUAAACAUACACACUUGUAGUUAAAUCAUAUUAAUACAGAUUGAUAUUCUUCUGACUAUUUUUGGCUAACUAUGCAUGUUGUUUUUAAAAAUGAAGUUAUUACAUUGCAUUUAAAUCACUAACAAACACAAAAUAAAUACCUGCAUGCAUGGUUUAUUUAUGGAAAUCAAAAAAUCUGUUCAUGUACUUACAUGAAAAAUAAACAUUAUUUACUUAGUCAAA